CUUUGUUUUGCAAUCUCGCGGUUAGCAGCUAGCUCACCGGAGUACUGUGUACCGAAGUUUUUUAACGAAAUUAUAGAUGUCUAUUGACGUACUAUAUGUACAGUAAUCACCAGACGAGGAGUAGUUGAACUGUUCGCUGUCAGGCGAAUGUUUCUACCGAAUAGGGAGACCCAUGGAGUCUGCAGUGGAGAGUUCCCCCAUUGUUACAGAAAACAAAGGCAGCACACUGCCUGAAGUGGAGAGUGCGUCCAUUGUUUCAGAAAGAGAGAAACCUAUUCUCUCUGCAGUAGAGACAGUGGAGAGUCCCUCAACCAUUUCAGAAAACAAGGAACUCACACCUUUCACAGUGAAGGACAAGGAUGUCUCCAUAGUUUCAGAAUGCAAGAAAACUACCCCUUGUGCAGUGGAGACUAAUGACAAUGAGGAUAUCACCAUUGUUUCAGAAAGCAAGAAACCCACGAAAGCACCGUCAGCAGUGGAGAAUGCCUCUAUCAUUUCAGAAAGUUCGUCACGAGGGCCAUCGCCUGUGGAUCGGUAACAUCGAUCCCAAAAUCACAGAGUACCACCUGGUGAAGCUGAUGGAGAGGUUUGGGAAGGUGAAACAGUUUGACUUCCUGUUCCACAAGUCUGGACCAAUGGAGGGCCCGCCCCGAAGAUACUGCUUCGUUAACUUCCACACCAAAGAGGAAGCAGAGUGGGCGAUCCAUUGUCUGAAUGGGAAGCUGGCCCUCUCCAAGAAGCUGGUGGUGCGCUGGGUACACGCACAGGUAAAGGCUCACAUUGCAUCAGUCACGUGGGUGAAGUUGAGGGGUGGUUUUGAGAGGAAUUAAUACACAGUUCAAUUUGCUGUGCCUUUCAGCUUCCCCACAAUGCCUGUGGAUUUGACCAAAAACAGCACCAGACAAACAGUGACACGCCACCUGCCUGGUCCAUGGUGCGACUGAGCUAAACGGGCUCCACUCUGGUUACCUGGUCCAACCAUGGUGCGACAGUAAGCUAGCCCACCCCUAAGCUCUGCUCCCUAUCACUGUGGUUACCAGUUCAGGCUCUGCUCUGCUCAGCAGUUUGUCAUGUGGGAGGAAGUUGCAGUUCAUUCUCUAAAACCUCUCCUCAUAUCUCAUAACUCAUAUCUCAUACUUGGCUCAUCGCGCUCUAGCGACUCCUUGUUGCGGGCCGGGGGCCUGCAGGCUGACUUUGGUCGUCAGUUGAACUGUAUUUUCUCCAACACAUUGGUGCAGCUGGCUUCCGGGUUAAGCGGGCGGGUGUUACGAGGCAUAGUUUGCGGGGCAUGUUUCGGAGGACUCAUAUGACUCGACCUUCGCCUCUCCCAAGUCCAUAGGGGAGUGAUGAAACAAGAUCGGAAUUGGAUCGCAAUUUAAAUCACCAAAUUGUGGAGAAAAUGGAGGUAAAAUACAAAAAAAACAUCAUUUUACAAGUGAUAAACAUUUCAGUUUAGUAUUUUAAUUGCUUGACAAGGAAGUUCCUUUUGAAAGGAGCUGUUAUAAAAACAAAUGGCCUCUUAUCUCUAAUUCAUACUAUUAGUGUUAUUACUGAAACAACCAUGUCUAAGAUGAACUUUUAGGAAGAGUCCUUAGGAAUGUAUUUUACUGUAAACUUCAAAAACACACUUACCAACCAUAGACCUGUCAGUGUGGAGGAAGUGAUGAAAGAUAAACACAUAGUUUCCUUUUUUCCCCUCCUCCCCCCACACACUCUAGUUUGCUUCCCCACUCACUCACUCUCCUCACAGUCACUAUCUCCCUCUCUCUAUAACGCUCUCCUUCUCAGUCACUCUCCCUCUCUCUAUACUCUCUCGAUAACUCUCCUCACAGUCACUCUCUCCUCUCUCUAUAACUCUCUCCUCAUAGUCACUCUCUCCUUCACAGUCACUCUCUCCCUCUCUGAAUAACGCUCUCCUCAAAGUCACUACUGCCUCUCUAUAACGCUCUCCUUUUCAGUCACUCUCUCCCUCUCUAACUCUCUCCCUCUCAGUCACUCUCUCCCUCCCUCUACAGCUCUCUCCUUCUCACAGUCGCUCUCUCCUUCUCACAGUCGCUCUCUCCUUCUCACAGUCGCUCUCUCCUUCUCUGUCAUUCUCUCCUUCUCUGUCAUUCUCUCCUUCUCAGUCACUCUCUCUCUUCCCCUCUCUCCUAUACAAAGUACAAGUGUGACGAUCCAUGCGAUUGAGGCCAAGCUUCAGAUGAUGGAGAACCCAGAUGGAGAGGAGUACAAAGGCCACUCAACCUACAUGUACAACAAGCCCCCAGAGAAGAAACACCUAGAGCCCUACAGCAGACCCUUCUGCAAGUUCAGAAGAUGACACAAAUGAGAUGGAGACAGACCAUCCAACACCUAGGCUCAAACAAUUCCAGUAACUUUCCCAAAAUGUCCAGGUUUUGCAGAAAUCCCAGUUUGAAGAUUCCCAGUAUCAGAAGGGAAUAGGCAGGAAAUCCAGAAUCCUCCAACCAGAAUUUGUGGAAAAUCUGGUAAUUUCUGUAAAGUUACUGGAAUUUUAGUAAAGUUACUGGAAUUUUAGUAAAGUUACUGGAAUUUUAGUAAAGUUACUGGAAUUUUAGUCAAGUUAGUGGAAUUGUGGUCAAGUUAGUGGAAUUGUGAAUAUUGUCUAACUGUUAAGUUAUUAUUCCACUUUGGCACUCAGGCUACUUCCACUAGUCUGUUUGGACUAUCAUGUUUGGCUUGGUAAUGACUGCAGUUGGCAAGAGCACAAACAGAUCUGGGACCAGGCUACAGUGGGAGAGGUCAGGCCACCAAACCAAAACCUCUGUACUGUAUGGCUUCAGGUUUGGACAGACAGCACAACAAGCCAUUUGACAGGUGAAAGCCUCGCACUGUCUGCUUUAUUUUGAGCGAGUGUGUAUUCUUACUUGGUAGAGGAGGGAUUUUUUAUUUGAGUUGUUUUUCGAAUCUUAUUUUCAAUAACUUUUAACGGCUAUAUAUUAUAUGAUGUGUACAAUAUCACACCUUCAAUUUAUCUUACUGUUGUUUAUUUUUGUCAUUGUAAUGUUUAAUUUCUCUCUUUGCUGUUUAGUGUUGGGAGUUUGACAUUAUUAGCCUUAAUAAUUACCAAUUUUCCAGGGCACGUCGUCACAAAGCGUCUCAGAGAAGGAGUGCUGAUCUAGGAUCAGGUCCCUUCUCUUAUUCAUUAUGAUUAUGAUGUAGAAGGGAAGCCUAGAUCAGCACUCCUACUCUGAGAUGCUUUGUGAAUAUGGGCCCUGAUUUAGUGGAUCAUAUAAUGUUUCCAAUACAUGCUCAGUCUGAGUCCCUUAUUCAGCAUGUUAUGUUGGUCUGUAGUCACAAAAGGGAAGACAUGGCAUAAAAUUGUGUCUUUUGAAAACUGAGUAGUUGUCACCUUUCUGUGUUUCUUGUGAUCAAAAGUCAUGAAAAUGUAUUUAAUUCAUGUUUGUUUGAGUGUGAUUUGAUGGCAACUUUGUACAAUUGGAACUAUUUUUAUUCAUGCUAUGACACCCAGUAAACCAAGAAACUACAUUGUCA